AUGCAAGAGGGUGUGAAAGGGGGUGUGAAGGGGAGAGUGGAAGCGAGUGUGGAGGGGGAAGUGGGGGGGAGAGGGCGGGUGGAAGUGCAGGUGGUGGAGCGCAGUGUGAUGGUGCUGCGCAAUGUGGCUCACUCCGCCACCACACCCAUCAAGCAACAGCUGCUCGCCCUCCUGCUGCCCGCCACCCUGCCCGCUCUGCUGCUAGACUCCUCCCCAAGCGUGCAGGUGCAGGCGGCAGCGCUGCUGCGCAACGUGGCGCACGGAGCAGAGGAGGACGCCCACCUGCUGCUGGCCCCCGCUGCCCUCCACGGCGCCCUGCUGCGCCUCCUCGCCGCCAAACUGCUGCCUGCCCGCCCAGUGCCCGUUAGACCAGCCGCAGGGGGAGACGUGGGAAGAGGAGGAGUGAGAGGGGAUGUAGUUGAGGAGGGUGGGUGGGAUGCAGAGGCAGAGUUAGCGGCGGUGCGGCGAGCGCAGUAUGCAGUGCGCGUGGAGGCCAUGCUGGCUCUGAGCAACAUGGCAGCAGGCGGCGCACAGGCCAAGGACUCUGUGCUGCCGCUGCUGCUGCUGCCCGCUGCCAAGGUGAGGGAACUUGAAGCGUGCUGGCUGGCAGGCGCAGGGAGUGAAGCAGCCGUGUGUGGCACAGCAGGGAACGUGGAAGCACAUGGAGCGAGGGCGGUCGCGUGCAGUGAUGCAGGCUCAAGUCCAAGUGCUGCUGCUCGUGCUGCUGGCAGCAUCAAGGGGCGCGAUGGAAAGGGAGAAGCGCUGGCUGCCACCACUCCGCCGCACCUCGUCCACCACCACCCACCUUCCAGCCCACCCCAGCCCAGCAACGCCCCUCUAUUCACAGCAACACCACUCAUCCUGCACCUGCUGCGCCUGCAUGGCUGCACAUCCCUGCGCCUGGCCUCCCUCUGGUGCCUCGCCAACCUCUGCCGCCCCGCCUGCCCGGGCGCUGACAGGCGAGCUGCUGCAGUGAGGGCAGCAGAGGGCGUGGUGGCACAGCUAGAGCGGCUGGCAGCGCAAGGGAGCUUCGACAUCGCUGUAAGCCAUGCACUCGCCCUCUGCUAG